AUGUCUACACAGCUGUCGAUUUGGGCUGUCAAUCUCACACAGCUCUCUCCUCCUCCUAUAGGAGGCCCCCCUGAUGUGGGGAAGAUGCUGGGCGGGGAGGAGAAGGAGGAGGACCCCGACGCAGACAAGAAGGAGGAGGAACGCCAGGAGGCGCUGAGGCAGCAGGAGGAGGAGAGGAAGGACAAGUACGCCAAGAUGGAGUUCGAGAGGGAAAACAUGAGGCAAGGCAUCAGGGACAAGUAUGGUAUUAAGAAGAGGGAGGUUGCCGAGGCGGAGGCGGCGGCGGCCAUGGAGGAGGCGACGGAGGGCAGUCUGACCCGGUCCAAGAAGGCGGUGCCGGCGGGCUGUGGCGACGAGGAGGAAGAGGAGCAGAGCAUUAUGGACACGGUGAUGAAGUACCUCCCCGGACCGCUGCAGGACAUGCUGAAGAAGUAGCAGGGCUAGCCCGAUGCUAACGUUAACUAGCUCAGCUAACAUGCGCCGGAGGUUGACAAUGUUGGAUCAAAAAACCCCGUCUGUCGACUCUGCUCGGUCGAAGACGAUAUGCGUUUGGUUUCUAUUCACGCUCAAAAAAAAAGGGUUGUAGCUGCCAUUUUUGUGUUUUCGUUUUUCGGGAAAAACCAAAAAAGAGAAAAAGAGAAAUAUCUAGGUCUUGCCAUACGUCAAGAAGUAAAUUCAUUCCAUUUGAGCCAACAGUGUAAACCGCGGCUAACCUGCCACAUUUAGCUAAACCGGCGCUAGGCUUGGCAGCCGUUAGCACGGCGGAUGCUAAUGUUAGCUUAGCUAUGCUAAUGUUGCGAAGGAGGCCAUGGAGCAGGGGGAGGGGAGGCGGGGGGGAGGGGAGGGGGGAGUGGGCUAACGACAACACUAGGUUGAGUCUCCUUCUAGUUUGAGAAGUUUUAGAUCUUUAGUUCUCCUUCUUCUCCUGCCGCCCAGAAGCACCACCACCCCGCCCGGCUCAGCCAUCGUUAUUUGUAUAUAAAUAAUAAAAAAAUACAUGAAACAAGCGCCUCGCGGCGGGCUACAGAUCCUAUAAUAACCAUACUAACUGUGUUUGUCUCUAAGAUAACGAUAUCUGUAAACUCGAUAAGCCAUAUUUUAAGAAGGAAAUUUGAAGACUCUUAUCGUGUGCUACUUAAGCUAAACAAUCUCUUUUGUUGUUCUUCCAUGUUGGAUAUUUAUGUCAAACCUUUUGCACAUACAUAGUGAGUGUUAGACAUCAUCUCUCCUGUCGAUCCCAUCCCUGUCCCACAUGUAUUUGGUGUUAGUGUAAACUUUUCUAAUCCCCCCCCUUGUUGCGCCUGUUAGCGUCUUGCAUGACACCUGUCUUGUCGGAAAAAUUGUCGUGUGGAUAUGUACUCCCUCCUCCCCCUUCUCUUCUUGUCACGCAAAGAUAUUAAGGCAAUAACUCUUGAUUUUGAAUGUUGUUUCACUCUCAUGUUGAUAAUUAUGUAACAGUAAGUAAUACCAAUAUAUUUAAAAUAUGUAUGCAUUCAGGACUUUUGAUUUGACUGGUUUUGCAGGGGCUUUCUGUUGGGGUAACCGUGUAUAGAAACCCCACACCACACUGCUAAAGCCUUACGCUUUUGCCAUAAAGAAUCCAAAAGUAAACACGAUGUUUUAAUAAUCGUAGUAAUUAUUUCGCACAUAUUGACAGGCACAACAUUGACCUGGAUUAAAAAAGCGUACAAUUUUGCGACGUUUUAAUUGGGUUUGAAAAUUGCUAAAUCACAAAUAAUCCAAAUGGAGAAAGUAUUUUCAUUUGGUGAUUGAUAUAUAACUAUAUUAUAUUACUGACCAAACAAAACUUUGGACUGUUUGAAAAGAAUGUGUUAAAAAAUAAAAGCAAUGCUUGCUUCUGUGUCUUCGGUUGAAUGUGGGUCUACGCCACAGUUGAGAUGGACGGAAUGCCAAGAGCAAUAAAGGAUUAAUAUGUCUGCCUGAGGUUCAAUAAAACCUUCAAAACUUGUUCACAAAACAA